UUCUCUUAUGGUAUAGCUUAUACAAACAUAAUCUGUUAUCAAGUAACAUAAGGAAAUGUUCGAAAGCCAUUUUUUACGCCAAUUUAUCUAAGUGAUACCAUUUAAACUAUGGAGAAAUUUAUUCAUUUAGGUUUAAUUAUCAUAACUCAUUUUAUAACUAGCGAAUGUAUAUUCACAGUAAACGUACAGAAAAGUUACGAUUACGUGAUAGUUGGAGGUGGAACUGCUGGUGCCGUCCUCGCUAACAGGUUAUCCUCUAAUCCUUCGAUCCGUGUCUUAUUGUUAGAGGCUGGUUCUGUACCCGACGAAUCGUCUAACAUCCCCUUUGCUACACUUUCUCUUCAGCAUACGGAAUUAGAUUGGUCGUAUAAAUCCGUCCCGCAGAAUUAUUCGUGUUUCGGAUUAAAGGAAAAUAGAAGCAGCAUCCCUAGAGGAAAAGGCUUGGGAGGAUGCAGUGUCAUCAAUUUUAUGAUAUUUUCGAGAGGAACAAAAAAAGAUUACGACGAAUGGGCGGCAAAUGGAGCGGAAGGAUGGAGUUGGGAUGAAGUUUUACCAUAUUUCACUAAAUGGGAAAAUAAUAAGGAUGCUUCCAUAGCUUCAAAUGGUUAUCAUGGAGUUAAUGGCGAAAUGUCUGUGUCGUGGACAAAUUACUAUACUCCUUUAGCUAAAGCGUAUGUAAAAGGAGCUAAGGAAGUCGGUUAUAAAGAGGGAGAUUAUAAUGGACCCGAUCCCGAAAAAUUUAUGAUACCUCAGGCAUAUGUGGACAAAGGUAGACGAUUCACUACUUACGAAGCAUUCCUAAAACCUAUAAAUCACAGAGGAAAUUUGCAUAUCGUUAUCGAUGCUUUCGUUACAAAGAUAUUAUUUGAUUCAAAUAAUAGAGCAUCGGGUGUCCAGUUUGAACACAAAAACACAAUAAACGAAGUCAGAGUUAAGCGUGAAGUAAUUUUAUCAGCGGGUGCCGUAAAUUCUCCACAGAUCUUAAUGUUAUCGGGGAUUGGUCCUAAAGAUCAUCUAGAGAAAUUUGGGAUAAAGGUUUUGUCCGAUCUUUCUGUUGGUUACAAUUUACAAGACCACGUUACAGUUGGCAUUCCUUUCACUGUGGACAAACCUGUAACAUUCAUUGUCUUUGAUGCCGUUCUGCUUGGAAUUUUGCCAUAUUUCUUCAGGAAAGGACCCCUUACCUCUAUAAUGGCAGAAACAGUUGGUUUCCUUAGUACUAAAUAUAAUAAUCAUUCACAAUGGCCAGAUAUAGAAUUGACGUUUGGUUCAAUUACUCCAUCAUCUGAUGGUGGAAUCAUAUCAAGACAUAAUUAUGGAAUCACAGAUGAGAUGUGGGAAAAAGUUUUCAAACCGAACAUUAAUGUCAGUACUUACAUAUGUUUUUCAUAUGUAAUGAGACCCGAAAGUGUUGGUACUGUUAAACUGGCAUCAACAGAUCCUCACGAACCUCCACUUAUUAAUCCUAAUUACUUUCACAAGCCUCAAGACAUCAAAGUUUUACUUGAAGGGAUGAAAGCGUGUUUAGCAAUUAGUUCUUCAAAGGCCAUGAAGAAAUUCGGUGCUCGACCCUUCCGUCAACUUUUUCCAGGUUGUGAGACGUAUAAACCAUAUAGUGACGAAUAUUUAGAAUGUUUGGCUAGAUCAUUCACUUUGACUAAUUAUCAUUUAAGUGGAACUUGCAAGAUGGGUAAUCCUCGAGAUCCCACAACAGUAGUGGAUCCACAGUUGAGAGUAAAAGGAGUUAAUGGUCUUAGAGUAGUCGACGUAUCCAUUAUGCCAACAAUUGUUACAGGCCACACUGAAGCCCCAGCCAUUAUGAUCGGAGAGAAAGGGGCUGAUUUAAUUUUAAACGAUCUCGGUUAAUGUUACAAUAAGAGUAAUAAAUAACUGUAUAAAUAAUACAGAUUCAGACUUAAAAUAACUGUCUAAAUCAUGUGAUGUUAUAUAUUAAAAAAAAAUGGAAAAUUCCCAAUAAGUUUCUGUAGUUUUUUUUUUUUGCCCGAUUUCGACGUCAUAAGUCGAUUUUUUGGGUAUUUUAUAUUGUAUUAGAUUCAAUUUUAUAUUCACAAUGUAAUAACCCAUUGAAUUUCAUAAGGUUAUAAUUAGAUUUAUUUUGUGACGACAUUUUGAGAUAGUUUCUUCACUAAUGAAACUUGUGGUAACCGAUGGUAAUUUGUAUUGUACAUACUCCAUUAUUUAUCUACUUAUUGAACUCGGUUCACAUUUUAGUUUACUGUGUUAAUCACAAUUGUCGGAUUACUACUGGACGUGUCGGGCUGUCAAAUUGAAAGACUGCUAUAUUGAACAGUGUUGUUUUGGUUCAUAUUUUAUGUAAUUGUCUUCGUUUUUUCCAAAAGACCUUUAUAUUUUGUGAUAAACUUAAUGUAAAAUUGAAUUUUUGAAUUCGGCAACAGAAUUGAAUGUACUUUAUGCUUUUAUAAAAUUAAAUAAUAAAUUUCCGUAUUUUAUAUUUGUCUAAUAAUCUAAACUUGGCUUUAGAAUCUUGGAUUUCUGAAACCAAGUUUAAUUUAUUAGACAAAUUGUUUGAUUACUUCCUCCGAAGAGCUUGGCUUCAGAGGAAGUAAUCAAACAAUUUCUAUUGAAAGUAUGUCUAAAUAACAUUUAAAACGUUGACAUAACGGAUAGGAUUAAUAUCCUAACGGUGUCCUCCAGUG